ACUUUGACUAUGUAUUUUCAACAGUACUGGAGAGAUAAGAGAUUGGCUUACGCUGGCAUACCUCUCAACCUCACGCUUGAUAAUCGAGUGGCAGAUCAACUCUGGGUGCCUGACACUUACUUCUUAAAUGACAAGAAAUCAUUUGUGCAUGGUGUUACCGUGAAGAAUCGAAUGAUUCGCCUUCACCCGGAUGGAACGGUGCUUUACGGCCUCAGAAUCACAACCACUGCAGCUUGUAUGAUGGACUUGAGAAGAUAUCCAUUAGAUGAACAAAACUGUACUCUGGAAAUAGAAAGCUAUGGCUACACAACCGAUGACAUAGAGUUCUACUGGAGAGGUGGAGAUAACGCGGUCACUGGCGUGGAGAGGAUUGAGCUUCCUCAGUUCUCCAUCGUGGAAUAUAGACUGGUGUCAAAGAAUGUUGUCUUUGCCACAGGUGCCUAUCCAAGACUCUCGCUGAGCUUCAGGUUGAAGAGAAAUAUUGGAUACUUUAUUCUUCAAACCUACAUGCCCUCCAUACUGAUUACCAUUUUAUCAUGGGUGUCAUUCUGGAUCAAUUAUGAUGCAUCCGCAGCAAGAGUUGCCCUUGGAAUUACAACUGUGCUGACUAUGACAACAAUCAACACUCAUCUGCGAGAGACUUUGCCUAAAAUUCCGUAUGUUAAAGCCAUUGACAUGUAUCUUAUGGGCUGUUUUGUAUUUGUCUUCUUGGCCUUACUUGAAUACGCCUUUGUCAACUACAUUUUCUUCGGAAAAGGCCCUCAAAGGCAGAAGAAACUUGCAGAAAAAACAGCAAAGGCAAACAACGAUCGCUCAAAGUUUGAAGGCAACAGGGUAGGAUCUUUAAUCUCUAUAUACCAGUGUCCUGACAUUACAGAGGUGGACACCCAUGGAAACAUUCUGCUAACAUCACUUGAAAUUCACAACGAGGUGGCAAGCAACGAGGUCACCACCAGCAUUACGGAUGCCCGAAAUUCAACGAUAUCCUUUGACAACUCAGGAAUCCAGUACAGAAAACAAAGCUCACAUCGCGAAAGCCUUGGAAGGCGUUCGUCAGAAAGAACAGGCUCCCACAGCAAGAGGGGCCAUUUACGAAGAAGGUCUUCGCAAUUGAAAAUAAAAAUCCCUGAUCUAACAGAUGUGAAUGCCAUCGAUAGAUGGUCAAGAAUGGUGUUUCCAUUCACAUUUUCUCUUUUCAACUUAAUUUACUGGCUAUACUAUGUUAACUGAGUGACUGAACUUUUUUAAAGGACUUCAAUUAUAACAAGUGAAGUACUACUUGCCUGCAGAGUUUAUAUAUAUAUUUAUACUUAUAAAUAUAUAUAUAUAUGAACUUUUACUAUGUAGACCAUACUCAUGUAUGUGUGAAUACAUAUAGCAAAGAAUUGUGUGUAUAUAAAAGCACACACUGCAAAGCAAAAGUGUAUGUAUGCACACACACAUGUACACAUUCGUUCUGAGGUUAUGGACACUUUAACAUAGAAUGCAUUUCAGAGGAACUUUUUAAAUCAAAAGGCAGGUGUCGUCAAAACAACAAGCCUUGAGAAAGUAAGUGUUGUAUAUUAUCACUGCAAAACUUGGAUUGUCAUAGGAAUUUUCGAACAGCUGUAAUCGUGUAUAAAGUCAGUAUUUAGUAACAUUGUUUGUAAAUGCUGCCAUACACACUAAUCAUAAAGUGGUAGAGUUACACUGGUAAGUUUAAAGUAAGUCAUUUAUAUUGCAGAUCCAUCAACUACGAUUUCAUCAAGCCAAAUUUACUUUUCUGUGCUAAAAUUCCUUGGGUUUAUAUAUGUCAUAAUAUAUGUUAUAUAUGUUAUGACAUAUAUAAACCCAGUCCUGAAUGGGCAUCGUUUUUAAUGAUCUCUUGCUUUCUCUUCUGCAGUGAGCAAGCUGAUCAUGGGAGCGUUGCUCUAGGUCUUUGGAGACAUAUACAUGUUCAUAAUAUUUCAAACAAGCAUUUUAAGUGUCCAUCAACAGUGAAACGAAUCUUUUGUAAGUACUGUAAUUGUACAGCACAUUUUCCUUCCCUUGGACUGGUUCCAGCUGCCAUGUCAUUUUGAAA